AUGCUGCAGGAUGCAGCACUGGCUCCCGGCAGCUCCCAGUGCAUCUUGGACAUCUUCCUGGUGUUGGAUCUCAAGUAUUUCACUCCGUCCCGAGACACCCAUGGUCUCAUCCUGGCACCUUCAACCAUGAGAGGGAAGUUGAAUGCAAUCUACAGGUGCCAGCCAGGUCGGCUCUGGGUCUUCUUCAGCCUCCUCAUCCUCCUCCUGGUCACCCUGCAAGUUGUGGAGAAGCUGCAGCCUCCCAGGAGCUGCCGCUGUGAGCUGGAGCAGAGUGCCCACCACAGCCAGAAGAGGUUCAGCUCUGCCCUCCAGAGCCCUGACCUGCUGUGGGAGGAUGACCCCCCAGAGUGGCAGAGGAAAGCCAGGCCCCAGCUGGCUGCGACCGAGGACAUUUUUCAGGUGGAUCUCUACUUCAGUCAGGAGACCCCGCUGGGAAGGAGCCCAGGCAGCCAAGAGGAGCACCGGACGUGGCAGCCCGUGGAGAGCAGCAGGGAGGUGAACACCCAUCCUUCAUCCACCAGGAUGAAGUCCCACCUUCCUGGCCUGAGCAAAGCGACCAGAAAAGGUCCUUCUCCCAGUCUCCCCGGGAGGAUCUCCAGAGUUUGGGGAGAUGUUGAAGCUGUCCCAGACAAGUUCAUGAUCUUUGCAAAGAGGAAGAGUGCAGAGGAGCAGGGAAGGACAGCCCCACCAGGCACCAGGCAGGUGUUGGUGCUGAGCCAGUCUCAGCCUCCAGCCACAGGUUCCCCCCACCACCAGUGGCUCAAACACUCCUUGCCAAACGCAGCCCAACCUCCACCAGCAGAGGACUUGGAUAAGACAGACCUGGAGAGAGGGUUUUUCCCACGCCAGACAGAAGUCUCUGAGGGUGGUGAGUUGACUCUUGGAGGAGGCCAUCAGGCCAGAGGGGUCUUCUCUCCAGGGGAGAUGUGUGAGCCCAAGACUGACAUCGUUUUCCUCAAAGUCCACAAGAGCGCCAGCAGCACCGUCAUGAACAUCCUCUUCCGCUUUGGGGAGACACACAACCUCACCUUUGCCUUCCCCUCGGGGGGGGGCAACCAGCUCUUCUACCCCAACCACUUCUUGGCCAAGUUCGUGCAGGGCUUCUCUCCCCAGAGCCCUCAGAGGUUCAACAUCCUCUGCCACCACAUGCGGUUCCUGCAGCCGGAGGUUGAAAAAGUGGUCUCCAGGUCGGCCGUCUACUUCUCCAUCCUGAGGAACCCCGUGCAGCUCAUGGAGUCCUCCUUCGCCUACUACCGGGGCGCCUCGGCUUUCUCCCGCGCCCGCAGCCUGGAGGAGUUCCUCAGCCAGCCCCGCCGCUUCUACGACCCGCGCAGCAGCGACCGGCACUACGCCAGGAACCUCAUGGCCUUCGACUUCGGCUUCAACCCGGACGGGGAGGCCUCGGCGGCGCGGGUGCGGCACAUGCUGCAGGCCAUCGAGGCCUCCUUCGACCUGCUCCUCAUCUCCGAGUACUUCGACGAGUCCAUGGUGCUGCUGAAGGAGACGCUCUGCUGGGACCUGGACAGCGUCGUCUCCUUCCCCCUCAACACCAGGGACAGCAGGGCCAAAUCCCAGCUCUCCGGGGCGGCGGUGGAGAAGCUCAAAGCCUGGAACCGGCUGGACUGGGAGAUCUACACCCACUUCAACAGGACCUUCUGGGCCAGGAUCCAGCGGGACGUGGGCAGGGAGCGGAUGGGGAGGGAGGUGCGGGCUCUGCGGGAGAGGAGGGCAGAGCUGGCCGGGACCUGCCUGCAAGGGACGGGCAGCGUGGCCCCCCAGGACAUCAAGGACUCCUCCCUGCGCCCGCUCCAGCACGGCAGCGCCAGGAUCUUGGGCUACAACCUGAAGCCAGGCUUGGACCAGGAGACCGAGCUGCGCUGCCGGCGGCUGGUCACCCCCGAGCUGCAGUACAGCAGCGCUCUCUACAAGAGGCAGUUCCCUCAGCAGGACACCCCCGAGACCCCCCGGCCCCCCGGGAGGGACGGGGCCCCGCGCCGCGGGUCGGAGGACGCCCAGAACUGA